GCGUACAGGAUGUGGACCCGUCGCUGGCCCAGUGCCCCAACCUGUGUUUCGGCGGCCAGUGCACCUUCCACGGUCAGGACGGCGAGCCGCUGGUGCGGAAGGACAGGUUCCCCGACAUGAAGGCGCUGGUCGAGUACGGGCACUCGCUGGGCCUGAAGGUGGGUACCUACCUGAACAACUGCAUAUGUAUGGAGGUCAACCUUGAGCCGCACUACGAAGAGGAUGUAAGGUGGUUUACGGACAUGGGCUUCGACGGCGUGAAGAUCGACGGAUGCGGGUCGUCCCACAACGUCUCCUACUACGCCGACCUGUUCAAUGCGACUGGUAGGCCCGUGCGGAUCGAGAACUGCCACAACAGCUGGCCCGACUUCUCGACAGGCUCGUGCCCCAUGCACUUCUUCCGGACCGGCGGGGACAUCGGCCCCAGCAUGGACAGCAUCCUCACCGAGGCCUACUCCACCAUCGACGCCGCCGACCUCCUCGUCCCGAGGUCUGGGCCGGGAUGCUGGGCUUAUCUGAUGGGCCGUCGCCUCCCUUGCCGCCGUGCAUUUCUCUCGCCGCCGCUCCUCCCUCCCUCCCUCCCUCCGUCCGUUCCUCCCUCCUUCCCUCUUUCCCUCCCUCUUCCCUCCUCUCCCUCCC